AGCUGUCAGUUUGCGAGCCGUGUGCGUGUGUGUGUGCGUGUGUGUUGCAAAACGUCGGCGUUGCACUUAAAAUUCGCGUUAAAUUUUGGUUAAAAAGCGUCCAAUUAAUUGGUUAUCUGGGGGAAUAAACCAGGCUGAGCAGUUAGCAGCCCCCCCCAGGCAGAGCCAGCCCAGAGCAGCGGCAGGGAAAACGCCAGCUAGCCAGCCAGCCAUCAGCCGAAUCGCGUUGUGUGCGCGGUGUGUGUUUUGUGUGUUAUUUUUGGAAUUAAAGAGCGAUCCGAUCCGAUCCGAGGCAGCGCGCAGGAAGGUGGCGGCUGGGAAAGUGUGCCGCGGCCGGAUCUACUCUCACAGCUACCGAAAAGGUAGCAAUAAUAGACGCGCGCGGUGCCUUGGAUUUCUACGGCUCCACGGUGGAGAACUUUUACCUCAGAAUGGAUCCGACGCGGGGCGACUCGCGCUACAACCUGAACUACUCGAUGAGUAGUAUCGGGCUGAGCCUCUCCGAUCCCUCGGACAUGUACGGCAACCCGGCGGUGGCCGCCCUGGGCGCCCGCCCGCCCUCCGGCGGCCUACUCCAAAGCAUGGGCGGCGGCGCAAGCGGCGGUGUACCGUCCAUGCAGCGGCCAAAUCCCGCUACCGGAGCCACAGCCGCCCAGUGCCAGACCCUACACAGCCCCCAGCACGCCUCCCAACAGCAGCAGCAGCAGCAGCAACAGCAACAACAGCAGCAGCAGCAGCAACACCAACAGCAGCAGCAGCAACAACAGCAGCAACAGCAACAUCGCGGCCUAAAGCGAUCGGGAAGCGAUUGCUAUGAGGAUCACCAUCGAUCCGCCGGCGGACUGACGCUCCAGGGACUCGAUAGCGUCGCCAGCAGCGCCGGCGGCGUCGAGGACAACGUGGAUGGCUAUAACCCGCUGCCCAACAAGAAGUCACCGCCCGCCAACGGCAAGAAGACAAAGGGACGUGUCAAAAUCAAAAUGGAAUACAUCGACAACAAGCUGCGUCGCUACACGACCUUCUCCAAGCGCAAGACGGGCAUCAUGAAGAAGGCCUACGAGCUAUCCACGUUGACCGGAACGCAGGUGAUGCUGCUGGUGGCCAGUGAAACGGGCCACGUGUACACAUUUGCCACGCGCAAGCUCCAGCCGAUGAUCACCUCGGAGGCGGGCAAACAGCUCAUCCAGACCUGCCUUAACUCACCGGAUCCGCCCAGCGUCGGUGGCGGCGAUCAACGGAUGUCGGCCACCGGCUUUGAGGAGACGGAGCUUAGCUACAACAUCGCCGAUGAGGACUCCAAAGAUGAGCGAUCACCGACUUCGUCGGGCAACGAAUCGGAUGAUUCCUCCGAUGUGGAGAUGCCUGGAGAGGUCUCAGAGGUUUCGUCUGCCGCCAAGCUGCCAGCUAGCAAAGUCGAAGCCACAGCGGUCUCAGCGCCGGCAGCCACUGCCACGGCAACCACAUCUGCAACAGUAGCUGCCUCCUCUUCGGGCUCCAAGCCGAUGCCAGCAUUGAACUAUCAGACUGAGAACGGACCCUCGACGUCCACAGCGGCUGCAACAGCGGUUGUAGCCGGCGGAGGAUCCGCGGCGGACAGCAGCAAGUAUGUCUAUCCGGCUGCCUCCUUUGCCAACAUACCCCAGAAGAUGCUGAGGCAACUGAUACAGACAGGACAUUUGCAGCUGCACGCCGAAGAGGAUGGCAAUCAGUAUGUGACCAUACCCCUAAGCUCCACAGCAGCCAACCUGAUCAAGAGCAAUAAGCUAUCGGUGGCCAAUAGUGGUGCAUCGGGGUCAGGAACUACAGCUACAGGAACCGCUGCCAAGUCAGAACCAAGUGCCGAGAAACCACUGACCAUCAAACAGGAAUACGAUUAGCCCCUCCUUACCAGCCACGUCCACUGCUUAUCCAAUACUGAGAACUGCGUUUAUCCACACACUUGCCCACAUCAAUUUGAAAGAUCAGCAGGACAUAACCCACACACUUAUACACACUCUCUGAAAGUCUAUCCAAAGUUUCGUUUCAUCAUCCAUCUAAUGAUGAUGAUGACGAUCGCCUGCUAAUUCUAAGUCAUACUAUAUCUACUAUAUCGUAUACAUACUAUUUUUUAUACCUAUACAACAAGAAAAAGUGAAGAAAUGAAAUGAAACCCUGAUCACAAUGCCCAGCGGCAUAUCUACGUAUGUAAGUUUUAAAAGUUUUGCAAGUUAUAAAUCGUAAAGGCAUUAAACUGAUAUAUCAAGAUGAAUUAUGAUCGAUGAUAAUGUUUGAAUGAGAAAUGGAAACAAGGAUGACGAUAUGGAUGUUCCUAAAACCGCAGAGAUCAUGUUGCUUUGUUACUAGUUUAUAUCGUUUUAUUAUACAAAAUACAGAAAAUAUA